AUUAGCAACCUUUAAGGAGCAUCAGCUAACCGGUAAGCUAACGUCAGUCUCUUGACAUGGCAGAGAACCCCGAGGAGCCCACACACGUGAGCGCCGCGCCUUCCGGCCGCUGGCUGUGGGCGGAGGACACCGGAACUCUGCAGUUCGUCCGUUUUAAUCCAACAAGGGAGGGAGUUCUGGUAAAAAGGAGCCAAACCAAUGUUGAUAUCAAAGCUCUUCAGCUGCGAUCAGAAUGGUUGGCUGAGAUCUACACGUUGAACCACAGAGGGCGCCAAAACAUUACAAAGGGCCUGAGCCACGCUCAUCUUCAUGCUUACAGGUCCUCGGUGAUGAGGAGGCAAGGGGACCGCAUCACUACGGAUGAUGUUAAACAGGCGGCUGUCGGUUUGCUACAGGAGAAUCACACGCUUCCCAUUCCAGUCCGCUUCUUGGCUGUAUUGAAGAGUAAAGGGCUUGACGAGGUCUUGACUGCCCUCCUUCUUUACCUGUGUUGUUUUUUUGAACACAAGUCCCUGGAGAACGUACCCAAUUAUUUCAUGGCUAUUGUAGACAUCAUCCCAGAUCAGAAGAUGAUUGCACAGGCGUUGGCCAAAAAGGAGAUAGCACAAAAGAAGCUGGCUGUCUGCUACUUCAGCCUCAUCAUGGACCUAGAGAUAGAGCAGCAUCAACACACAUAUCACCAGGGCCGGAUGUCGUCACACAGCACAGAAUGGCUUCUGCAUGCGUGCUUGUACAGCUUCUUCUGUUACGUGGCCUGGGUGACGUUUGGCAGGAGAGACCUGAAGGACAUCCAAGAGGAGGUUGGGCGUCUUUUGUACUCUGACACCAUCAACAUAGCGGCGAGGACGGGGAGUGAUGGGGAAUCGAGAACGACCUUCACUGCUGUCAAUGGUACCGUGACAGCCGGUGUAGCUGAGCCCAAGGAAGCGGGAUGUAAAAGCACAUUCAACCACAGAACGUCCCAGAGGCGUCCAGCCCUCAGCGGGACAGUCAAUCAGCGAUCCCCACUGAUGGUAUCUCUGCUGCCGUCGCCCAAAGAAAGGUCGCCCCAUCUGUUCGACGGCGGCCGGGCCGGGAAGCGGAACCCGCUGCAGCCCGAGCGCCGCGACACCAAGGCACUGACGGAGGAGCUCCACCAGCUGCUUGCCAGUGUCAGCGUUGGGAUUCUCGGUAAACCUUUUGGACCGUUCAGCCGCAGCACCCUGAUACCCUCUGGAGAGCAGGACAAGCGGGUGGACGGUGACAACCACGAACCAGACGGCGACAUUAAGCACAGCGAUCAUGCCGGCAUCCACGUCUGAGGUGACCGGGCCUUCGUGGGACCCCAAGUGGAGAUACGACACACACACACAAACCACAGGGCCUGAAGGCUGCAGGCCACAAGGAUGCAGCCUAGCGACUGAGACACAGCCAGUACGUGUGAGAGUCUGCAACUGUUUUUUCAUUGGAACGACCUGGACGUCGCAUGGGCUCAGUAGUCUUCCCAAUGCCUUCCCCAACACGGCCCACAGGGGGACAGACCGAUAGAAAGACUCAGGGAGUCAGAGUUUUCUUUCCGGUUGCCGCACAUCUGGCUCAUUUUCAGACGAUGCGAUGCGUCAUCGCACACACAAACACACCAUAGUUGCCAUAGGAUCUGUUUCUUAUUAUUUGCCGGCUGGUGUGGCUGUUGAAUAAAAUGUAAUGAAAUUCACAACAAC